GUGAAUCAGCAGCGCUCGGAAAUAGCCGCUGUUGGCGAACAAGAUGUUUUUGUGAGCUUUGAAGAUCCUCCCUUCCACGAUAAUGCUGCAGUCGCAGAAAAAGUCCCUCUUGCGCUGCUCGUUGAGCUCUCCCAGGAGCUUGGUGUAGUACGACUGCAUCUCCAUGGCUGCUGGAGUCAAGCAGAAAGCAGCGUCAGCGGGAGGGCUCCCGGGAACACCGCGGAACACACGGGGGGACCCGAGCGCCGCCCCCCGGCCCUUCCCCUCCCCUCCCGUCCCUUCCCCGCUACGGGCGAGGGCCCCGCAACGCACCUCGGCGCUCCCGCCCGGACCCCUCCCGCAGGAGGAGGAGGAGGAGGAGGAGGAGGAAGGGACGUCACCGGGAGUCGGAGCUUGCGGGGUGAGGGGUCGGUAAAUAUUGGUGACGUCGGGCCGCCAAGAUGGCCGAGGGGGAGGACGCGGGCUGGUGGCGGAGCUGGCUGCAGCAGAGCUACCAGGCCGUCAAGGAGAAGUCUACAGAAGCUUUGGAGUUCAUGAAACGGGACCUGGCUGAGUUCACCCAAGUAGUGCAGCAUGACACAGCCUGCACUAUCGCUGCUACGGCCAGCGUGGUCAAGGACAAGCUGGCAAGGACAGAUGGUUCCUCAGGUGCAACUGAGAAGGUGAGGAAAGGGAUCUCUGACUUCCUGGGUGUGAUCUCUGACACGUUUGCUCCCUCGCCGGAUAAGACCAUUGACUGCGAUGUCAUCACACUGAUGGCAACACCCACAGGUACCACAGAGCCCUACGACAGUGCCAAGGCUCGUCUCUACAGCCUCCAGUCAGACCCAGCCACCUACUGCAACGAACCUGAUGGCCCUGCCGAGCUCCUGGAGGCCUGGCUGUCCGAGUUUAACCUGGAGGAGAAGAAAGGGGAGAUCGCGGAGCUGCUGGCAACCAGCCCUUCCAUCCGGGCUCUCCACACCAAAAUGGUCCCUGUGGCUGUUUCCCACAUGGAGUUCUGGCAGCGCUACUUCUACAAAGUGCAUCGCCUGGAGCAGGAUGAGGCCCGGAGGGAGGCUCUGAAGCAGCGAGCAGAGCAGAGCAUUCACCAGGAGGAACCAGGCUGGGAAGAGGAUGAAGAGGAGUUCUUGGGGAUGUCACCCCUGCCUUGUGCCAACGUGAGAUUUCCAGAAGCAGCAGAGAAGGAGUGUGCCCCUGCAGCCCUGGAGGGAAAACACCCCGCUGCUCACACGGCACCCUCCAAGGACAGCUGGGCCGCCCUCCCUCCGGGGCCGCUGCCGGCAGAGGGGAGCCCCUCUGAGAGCAGUGAGAGCGUGUCCCUUGUGACUCAGAUUGCAAACCCUGCCUGUGUGCCUGCUGCACAGCCACAGACUGGAGCACAACCAGCUGGUACCGCUGACCUUUCCCAGAGGCUGCUGGAGGCCACCUCGGAAGAGCAGAGCUGCCUGCCAAAGCCCCCAGAACCCGGCCACCCGGCCCAGGGCUCAGCAGCAUCCUCAGAGCAGCCGGCUGCUGCGGGGCUCAGAGAGCUGGAGAGCAAAGCCCAAGGCAGGACAGAGACUCUGAAAGAGGAGGGACCGACAGAUCUGCGAGUGUUUGAGCUGAACUCGGACAGUGGGAAGUCCACUCCCUCCAACAACGGCAAGAAAGGCUCCAGCACUGACAUCAGUGAGGACUGGGAGAAGGACUUUGAUCUGGACAUGACGGAGGAGGAGGUGCAGCUGGCGCUCUCCAAGGUGGAAGUGUCUGGGGAGCUGGAAGAUGAAGAGUGGGAAGACUGGGAAUAAAGGGAGUGGUUCCAGUGUGUGUCACAGGCUCAUUUCCACCAUCCAACGUGAAUGAAACCGUGGACUGGCUGUUCCUGUGUGUGUGACUGUGCUGGGGGUUGCAGUGCCAGUGCCAGGCUGGAGGAGCCUCAUUCCUGCUCAGAUCCUGGGGGCAACUCAAGAGACCCUUUUGGACCUGGAGGAGGAGGAGGAGGACACUGGAGUUCACUCGUACACUUGGCUGCUGGGGACCUUGUCUUCUCAGAAGGUCCUAGAGCCUGGCCAAGCCAACCCUGGCUGCCCCAGAAGCGUGGGGCAGAGGCUGCUGUGCUGUGGUGAGGGGUCCCGGGGCGAGCUGGGCACUGGGGCCCCAGGCAGGGUUGCUGGGUGCCCCCAGCUGGCUCCUUGUUUGCUUGUGUGUGUGUGUGUGCCCCGCGGUGCAGCAGCUCAGAGGCUCCUGCGUGCGCUGUGCCUGCUCCGUGCUGCCCCCAGCCCACCCCGUGCAGGGGCUGGCUGGGGGCUGAGGUGCUGCAGUAGAAGCCCCUUCUGCUGUGUCACUCGUUGCUGCAGAGAAAGGCCUUUGGCUUGUGGCUUUGACACCAAGCUGGGCUGUGCUGGAAGGAGCCAGACUCCCUGCCAAACCCCGAGCUUCUGCCUGGCCUUUCAUCUUGGAAGCUUUUUCUAACGGGAAGUCCCCUAACAGCCAAGGCCUGCUGCUUCCCCCUCCCAGCUGCACUGCCUUCCUCUCCUGGGUUGUGUGUGCUUCUAGUUAAAUUCUCCAAACAAAGUACUUGUGGCUUGCUCUUCCCCUGCCCUCUGGGGCAGGCAGUGCUUUGGGUCAGCCUGGGAGCAGAACCUGUCCCUCCUGGUGCCCAGUUGGGCCCUUGUAGAGCCCCAGCCUGGCCUCACUGACCAUUUCAACCUCUGCCUUGGCACUGAGGCUUGACCCUUCCCUCCUGCAGCCUGGGGAGGACACCCCUGUGUGCCACCCAUGCCAGGCUCCAGGGCCACCAGCCUCGCUGUGCUCACCUGAGUUCCCUCACCUGAGCCCCCUGUGACUGCUUGCAAUGCUUCCUUUGGACCCACAGCCUCUUUAGGGGCAGUUCCCUUGUCAUGGCACGAGCUGCUCCUCGGUGGAUGUUGCUGACAGUUGUCCUGAGGGGUCAGAGCCCUCGCUGCUGCCCCUGACCUUUCGGGUUGGGGGUUUUACACGUGAUACCUUUGUCCUCCUGCCCCUUCCAGGGCUGCUUCACUGGAGCUGUGGGGUUCCUUCUGGUUUUGGGUAGCAUUAUCCUACAUGCACUUGGAAGAACUGGAGUUUUUGGGUUGUAUUGGGGCUUUGUCCUCUCCUUGGGGAGCUUCUCUAGAUGCUGCUGCCCACAGGGGUGGGAUGGUGGCAGUGUCUGUCCUGGGCUCAAAUGGGGCUGCAAUGGGAAGAGCUGUGGUGGGCAGCAGACACCAGUUGGUGUCAGAGCUGGGGCUCAGGCUGUGGGUGCCAGAUGGGUCCUGCAGAGCUCUGAGGGGGCAGUUCCCCUCACCCUUGUCACUUGGGGUUUUUUUUCCUUCUUUCAUCAAAUUAACCAGUGGGUUGUCUGUGCAAUACUCUGUUCUGAACUCUUCUGCAUCUCCCUGAGCCCUUUCUAGCUGGGGUGAGAAACCAGGAACAAUUCUAACAGCUGGUAGUUUUGUAACAAUGACUUUCUCCAAACCUUUUACAGACUUGCACUUAACAGCAAUUAAAGGAAUUCUACAGAGUC